AUGGGUCGUCGCAAAAUUGAGAUCGAGAUGGUGAAAGAUCCCAACACAAGACAAGUUACAUUUUCAAAACGGAGAACCGGUUUAUUCAAGAAGGCAAAUGAAUUGUCACUUUUGUGCAAAGCAGAAGUGGCCAUUGUUGUAUUUUCUCCAGGUAAUAAGCCUUACUCUUUUGGUCAUCCAGGAGUUGAUAUUGUUGCUGAAAAAUAUCUCCAACAAGGGUCUACAUCAAGUGACUCUCAAGAAAACUCCUCUAUUGAUGCUCCUAAUAUGGAGAAAUUGGAGAAAUUGAAUCAAGAACUUGUUGAAGUUUUGGCAGAAAUUGAUGAAGCUGAAAAGGAAGCUAAGAGUCAGGAUCAGAUUCUAAAAGAAAAGGAUGAGAAAAAUCUUAUCGAGCUUAAAGAAUUGAGAGAUUCAUAUAAUGAGUUUCUAGAAUCUGUAAAAUUACGUCUUAGUGAUAUUGAGAUAUCACAAUACAUGAUGCUUCUCGCAAAGGAUCCUGUGGUAGGAGUAAAAGCAAAAUCUGCAAAAAAGAAAAAAGGAUCUAAAAAUUAA